GGUAUAAAAAUCCGGGCCAGGUUUGAAAGAAAUUAUGCAACAAUCAUUAUUGUAGAUCAUGGUUCAUGAAUAAAUAAUUUAUUACCUAAGUUUUUUAAUAAAAUAAGGGUAUUUAAUAUCCUCACAAUUCGUAAAACUUGAGUGUCUUUGAUCUAACUGUACUGUUGUACACCCCGUGUUAUAUUCAGUAAUAUGAAUAACUUAAUUUGUUAUCGAAAUUUAAUGGAUUAAUUAUAAUUAUGUACUAUAUGAAUUAUAAUUUUAUAACAUUGCUCCGAACUUCUGAAGUGAGCUGUAGGUUUUGAGGAUAACGACGUAGAUUGGAACGUUUUAAUGUUUCUGAACGAAAUCAGUUUCUAUCUUUAGCCGCCUACGGCAGCACUAUCGGCUUGGGUUGUUGUUUCCUAUCCGCCAUUUUCCAGUCGCCAUUGAAAGGUGAAAACUUCACUAAAUGUCGGUGAUGAUUUUAAGAUUUUGAGUGGUUUCUUUAAGAUUGAACCCGUUUUUAGUGUUGUGAAAUGAAAAUGAAGUGCCCCGGACUACCAUGACGCAUCAAAAUCACCAAACAAACGGUGCAAGUCUCGAGGAUUGCCACACAAACUUCUUCGCCUUGACGGAGCUGUAUGGCAUAAAAUGGCGUAAGCUCGUAUGGGGGGAGACGAGCGGCGGCGGCGAUGGGGAGGAGGGCGGCGCGCCUCUGGCAGACCCGGUGAUCAGCAGCUAUGCGCGCUGCCUGGCCGGCGACAUCCUGUGCGUGUGGCGGCGGGUGUCGGCGCCGCCGCCGAACGACAACAUCUACGACAUGAGCACGCCCACGCCGCCGCCCCUCUCCCUCCGAGCCGCUAAAGAGCUAUGGAUAUUCUGGUACGGCGAAGAGCCCGACCUGAAUGGUCUUGUUGCACCCGAACUUAUCGCCAGCCAAGGCGACCAAGGAUCGUGGGAAAGUGGACUGUCGUACGAAUGUCGGUCGCUACUGUUCAAAGCUCUUCAUAAUCUAAUUGAAAGAUGUCUUCUGUCGCGGGACUUCGUGAGGCUCGGCAAAUGGUUCGUCCAGCCUUACGACGGCGACGAAGAAGACGUCGGCAAGAGUCCAUGGCACCUUUCGUUUUCGUUCGCGUUCUUCCUGCAUGGCGAGAGCACGGUGUGCGCGUCCGUGGACGUGCGGCAACACCCGCCCGUCAGGACGCUCACCGCCAAGCGUCUCGCCAAGGUCAACGCGCCCGACAACCAGGCCGACGCCAAAGUAAUCUUGGCGCCGUUCGGGCUGGAGGGUACACUGACUGGUCGGGAGUGGAGCGACUCGGACGCCGCUACCGCGCGCCUGCUGGACGCCUGGCGACAGCUUUACCCACUGGAACAAGGCUGUGGGGCUGUCGAGGUGGUGAUGGGCGGAGCGCGUAUGCGCUACCCGCUGCCGUACGUGCUGGUGACUCACAUGGAGGGCGGCGCGCUGCCCGCGCCCGCGCCGCCGCUGCCGCACCGCGCGCUCUCCGCGCUCACCACGCCCGCGCCGCACCGGGUACGUACUCCGCCACACACUCACACUACCCAUACAUCACUCAUACGCCCUACCAACACCAUUCAUACACUACCUCUGCCACUCAUACACUCCGGUUCAGAGGAAGCGUGCCACCUUCACGAUGAAGAUCCACAAAAAUCAUCAUCAUCCGCCGCUGAGAUAUGCUACGGCGACACAGCUGGCGAUAAGAGCGAGGACUUCGUAGAUCCCACCAGAAAGACUCCGUGUACCUGCGCAAAAGCGGGCGCGGGCCCGCUGUGCGCGGGCGCGGGCGGCGCCGCGUGCUCGCCCGGCAGCUGCGGCGGCGCCUCGCCCCCGGCGCCCGGCUCCGCGCCGCCCUCCGCGCCGCCCGCCUCGCCGCACCACCAGCCCACGCCCAGCCAGACGGCGGGCGUGGUCCCCACCACGCUGCAUACGCCAGCGCCGACGCCGGACCCGCUAGCGCCGCCAACUCCUGCGCCGCCGUCGCUGCCGCCGCCCAAAACCUACACCCAGGGCGACUCCCCGCUGGGCUGCGAGGUGUCCCGGCGGCCGGUGUUGCCCGCCGCCGCGCCGCGCCUGGACCCGCUGGAGGACGAGCACUCGCUGCACAUGCUCUACGACUAUACCACCGUCUACGCAUGGCUGGAGCACCCGGUGAAGCGCUUCAAGUCGUCGCAGAGCAGCUUCCGCGAGGAGAUGGCGCUGGGCGCGGGCGCGGGCGCGGACCUGUACGCCGGCCACGACCACACGCGCAUGGCCGCGGCGCGCGACCACAACGCGGCGCAGCUCAAGCACGAGCGCGACCACGCUGACGAUUCAAAAGAGUACAAGAACCUAUUUACCUCGGACGGUCUGUGCGCGACCUUCAAAGACCUGGAGCAGAUAUUCGACAACUCGGACGACGCGGCCAGCGGCGAUGAGACGGUAAGACUUCUGCAGGUGUCGACGCCGCCCGACUCCAACAAGUCCGUGGAGGAGUCCCGCUUCGGGUCGCGCGGCUGCCCGCGCGCCGAGGAGCUCAGCAAGAUGUUCCCCACGCCGCCCAGCAUGGAGGCGCACGCGCAGCCCUCGCCCGGCUUCUCGCUGCCCGACGACGCGCCGCCGCUGCGCCACGCCGCGCCGCCGCAGCCCGGCUCGCCGCCGCCCGACGCCGCCAUCGAGGACUGGUCUUACGUAUUCAAGCCACCGAUAGUGUCUAAAUACGUGGGCUCCUCGAAAUACGCGCCGCUGGCGACGCUGCCGAGCCAGCUGCUGCCGGCGGUGACGCUGCCGCCGCACGCCGUGUACCGGCCGCGCUGCCACCAGGAGCACGAGCAGGACCAGGACGCGGCCAAGCAGAGGGACGACGCCGACGCCGAUACCAAUAGAACUGGUGUAAAGAGAUCUGCGUCCCCUCCGGCCGAAAACCGUGAAGCUCGAGCCCGAAGGCCGGCCGACACCGGGUCUGGCACGCGCAGCGAGGGCGGAGCCAGUAACACGGGGGCGGGGCCUGCGCGCGCCGUGGCUGUUCCCGCCAAUAGGAGCGCGCGCCGCGUAGCCCCGCCCCCGCCCUGCGCCGCCUGCCCGCUCAUGCUCAAUGUACUGUUAGCCGACACCGUGCUCAACGUCUUCCGCGACCACAACUUUGAUAGCUGCACCCUCUGCGUUUGCAAUGCUGGACCUAAGGUGGUGGGCAACAUCCGUGGCGCGGACGCAGCCACGUACCUAGCGGGCUGCACGGGCGUGGGCGCGGGCUGGGGCUCGCCGUCGCAGGCGCCAGACGACGAGCCCUCGCACUGCACUUGCGGUUUUAGCGCCAUCCUCAAUCGCCGCCGCGCGCAUCGCGCUGGACUCUUCUACGAGGACGAGAUGGAGAUCACGGGCCUCGCGGAGGAGCCGGGCGCGGGCGCGGUGGGCGCGGGCGCGGGGCUGGGCGAGGUGGCGCGCGUGGUGCUGGCGGCCGGCGCCGCGCCCCCGCCCGGGCCCGCCUGCGCGCUGGCGCACGCCGCGCGCGCCGCCGCCAACCCGCCGCCGCCCGACGAGCUGCGCCUCAACCUGCUCGAGUAUACUGACGGAGGCACAGCCGCGACGAGAGCGUUACGUGCAUCGUUAAGUUCAGGCAAUGCGAACUCGGCCAACACCUCGACGACGUCCGGAGCCGUGCAUCGCUGGCCAUUCAUAGGAGCGCGCGCGCCGCGGUCUUCCCGCGAUGUUGUGAGAUUAAUGCGGCGAUUGAGGCCUCUCUUGCAAGAUGCGAUACAGAAGCGUUGCUGUGGCGCGCGCAUGUGGGACGGCGUGACGGGCCCGCUGACGUGGCGGCAGUUCCACCGGCUGGCGGGGCGCGGCAACGAGGACCUGUGCGAGCCGCAGCCCGUGCCGCCGCUGCUGGUGGGCCACGACCGGGACUGGAUCUCGCUGUCGCCCUACGCGCUCCGCCACUGGGAGCGGCUGGCCCUCGAGCCCUACUCGUACGCGCGCGACGUGGCCUACGUGGUGCUGGCGGCCGACGGCGAGGCGCUCACGGAGCCGCUACGCGCCUUCUUUCGCGAGCUGUCCACGGCGUACGAGGCCUGCCGCCUGGGCCGCCACCAGCCCAUCGCGCGCGUGGCGCGGGACGGCAUCGUGCGCGCGGCGGGAGCGGCGGGCGCGGGGGGCGCGGCGCGCGCGGACUGGGCGGGCCCGCUGCCGCCCGGGCGCCUGGGCUCGCACCUGCGCGCCUACGCCGACACGCUGCGCGCGCAGCUGCUGCCCGCGCUGGCCGCGCUCAGCGUGGACCGCGCGCUGCUGGACGGCGAGCGCGCCGCCGCCGAGCCCAUGCGGCCGCCCGCCACGCCCGACCCGCCCGGCGCCGAGCCCGAGCCCGAGCCCGCGCCCGCGCCGCCCGCGCCCGCGCGCGCCUGGGACGAGGACGAGGCGGGCGCGCCCGCGCUCGUGCUGUACGUGGUGGAGCCGCCCGCCGACCACGCGCACCGCAGCCAGGCGCUGCACGCGCUGCUGCGCCUGGCCGCCAAGACCAUGGACCAUCUGCACCACCACAACCCGCUCGUCAAGAUUAUCUCAUUGGAGAGCAUCCGGUCACGGUGGGGCCUGGGCUGUGGGCCAGCAGAGGGCCCCGCGGGCGCGGCCGGCACGUACGCGGGCGCAGUGGGCGCCGGCGGCGCGCCCGACGUGCGCGCGCUAGCUUUCAGCGUGUUCAGUGGGGCUCGCCGGCUGCUGCAACACCACGCUAAUGGCAAAUCACUUACUGGUUUCGGCACCGCUGCCGAUGCCAACCUCUUCCUGCAAGCCAAAGACGAGAAGAACCGCGCGCCGUACAAGCUGUUCUCGCCGGCGUGGGUGCUGGCGGCGCCGCGCGCCCUGAAGGAGGUGGCGGAGACCUGGGGCCAGGGCUCGGGCGAGCAGGGCGGCGUGCUGUUCCUGGCCUACUGCCUCAGCCACGACCAGCGCUGGCUGCUGGCCGCCGCCACCGACGCGCGCGGCGAACUGCUCGACACCGCUGCCAUCAACAUUCACGUGCCACAGAGAUCGCGUCGCAGGCGGAGCGGUCCCGCGCGGCGGUUAGGACUCACAAAAUUAAUGGACUUCACUCUGGGCGUUAUGAGCCAGGCCGCACAGCCCUGGAGAUUAGUCGUAGGCCGAGUGGGCCGUAUUGGACACGGAGAACUUAAAGGCUGGAGCUGGCUGCUGUCGCGCAAGCACCUGGUGCGCGCGUCGGCCACGCUGCGCGACAUCUGCGGCAGCUGCGCAGUGCUGGCGCCGGGCGGCGUGCCCUGCAUCCUGUCGGCCUGCCUCGUGUCCACCGAGCCCGACUCCUGCCUGCGCCUCAUGGCCGACCGCUUCACGCCCGACGAGCGCUUCUCGCAGGCCUCCAUCCAGUCCCAUCUGCACACGCCGCGCGACGUCACCGCCACGCACAUCCUCGUCUUCCCCACCUCGGCUACCACACAGUCGAAUCAAAUGCCUUUCGAACCUCCGAUGGCCAACGGUGAGGAUGGAGACAUGAUGUUCUUGAACGUGGACAUGGGCGACGAGGAUAUGGGCGAAGACAACAUGACGGACCUGCUGAUCGGCGAUAUGUUCAACAACAUGUGGGCGUCGGGUAGUCCGCGCCGAACCGACGACGAUCCUGCUGCCAGCCCCCAAGCGCAUCAUCAUCACCAGACAGCCUUCCACCACCAGGACGAUAACGCGGCUGAAGCGGUAGGUGCUCUCCUGCAGCAGCCGCUGGCGCUGGGCUACAUGGUGUCGACGGCGCCGCUGGGCGCCAUGCCGGCGUGGUGGUGGGCGGGCUGCGCGCACCUGCGCGACGCCUGCCCCGCCUUCCUCAAGAACGCGCUGCACCUGCACGCCGGCAGCCUGCAGGCCGCCGACGACUACACGUCGCUCACGCAGCGCCGCGACCACAACACGCACCCGCUCGACAGCCAGACCACCACCGACGUGCUCAGAUACGUGUUAGAAGGCUACAAUGCUCUGUCAUGGCUUGCCCUGGACGGCACCACCCACGAUCGCCUGUCCUGCCUACCGCUGCAUGUCCAAGUGCUCAUGCAGCUUUAUCAUACGGCUGCUGCGCUCGGCUAAGCCAGCCCCGGUGCACGGCCUUACUUGGCUGUAUCAUGAUCCUCUACAACCGUACUCCGCCUCUUACGAUGCGGUGUUCGUGUUUCGACCCGGUGUGGGCAAUGUGAGCGAGUGUUUAGUGAUUGUGUCUGUGGUGAAGUGAAUAGUCGCGUAACAGCGACAUCUUACAAAGUUCUCGGGAUGUGACAUAUUGGAUGGGUUUGCCAAGAUAUUAAAAAGUGCAGGUACUCAACCAUUGUGAAAACCUAAGGUUUCAGUGUAAACAUGAACUUGUGUUCAGAAAUUAUUAACAUUUCUAAGCAACAGAAUGAAGACAGUGAUGGCACUACAUGUGUCAACAAUGCUAGAUGACGUCAUCCGCCUGCCUAUAUACUAUUUAUUGAGUAAAUUAUUGAAGUUGGUAUAUUGAGUAUACUUGUAGUGAUAUGGCUAAUGUUGUUAUUGUUUGACAAGAGUUUCUACAGCUAUGGACAAUGAACAUAGUAUGGUGAAAAUACUAGUUUAGGUGUUUUGUUAGAUGUAAAAAUCCAACUAUUCACUAUAACUUAUUUAGUGUGUAUUAUUUAUACUUUUUAGCAAAGGUGUUAUAUAGAUUGUGAGUAGUUGUUUGUUUACAUAUAAAUAAAAACUUAAAUGAAGUCACUUGCCACUUAGAAUGGAACCCGAAGAAGCUGACAAGUUUGGUUAUGGUGCAAACAUGCUGACUCAUUGACUAUGGAGAUUAUUACUAGUUAUUCAUUUAAAUUAUUCCUACUUAAAGGUUGGAAAACUCUAAGAAUGUUCAAGAUUAACCCAGUAACCAAGCCACAAUGAAUUAUAAUGAAUAUGAUUUUUAUAUUGCUCUUCAUUGUACCAUGUUAUAUGAAGAUAACAAACCAUUUAGCCUUAAAUUUGGGUAUGAAAAAGAUGUUUGUUGUAAUAACAGUAUUGACCAAUUAUCACUACAAGUUAAAUAAGGUAAAUGACUAAAAGGCAGCGUUAAUGUAGUGUAGUUGAUGACAGUACUUAGAUAAAUUAACUAAUAGGGUGUGUAAGUUCAGGGCCUCGUUACAAUAUGUUAUUGUUGUCAAGUGUUGGUUCCCUACGGAUAGUAGGGAGUGGUUGAGAGUUUGGACGGGAUGUCAUUCACUUUGUUUAGUAAUGCAUAUUAUCAAGUAUAUAAUAUUGUAUAUCUCGUAUAUAAUUUUGGUACCCUCACCUGUGGGAUUUUGCUUGAAAUUAUGUAGACAUGCAAUUAUUGUUAUCAAAUGUAGAGGUAGUUAAAUUAUACACUAAAAUGUUAUAGUAUUCUGAUUUAAAGUUUUUAUAUAGAUAGCAACUCAAGCUGUGUGAUUUGCUUGAUUUAGGCCUUUUGUAAGCAUUAAAGUAUUUGUUCAGUUUUGAUUAUGCAUUUAAUUGAUGAGGAAUAGUGACUAAACAAAGUGAAUAGGUACUAAACAUCACCGGACACAAAUUUCUAAAUGAAAAUAUCAAAGUGUUAUUAUUAAAUUACUAGAGAAAUUUUUAAAUACAAGCUAGGUAAGCCGGGAUUAGAUUUUAUAAGUUAAAUCACAAAAUAUGGUCCAAUUUGGCAUAAAUAGUUUUCCAUGUUUUAUAAAUGAAUUAUCAUCAAUCAAACUCAUGAUGAAAGGCAUUUCAUUGUCAUUGCAAUUAAACAAAAUAAAAAAGGUCUCAUAAUUUAUCUUCGAAUAUCUUUCAAAUGCACUUUAUACCAAGGGAUAAAAAAAACAUGUAUUUGGUCAUAUCAUUGAGUUCAUUUGAGUUAAAUUAGUUACAGUUUACUAAUUCAAUGCAGUUAUUCUCUUUAACAGUGCAGACACUACAACUAAAAGUAUAUGUAAUCAUUCAAUAUUGAUAACAACUCUUCCAAUCAGUCUUGUCGGUACAAUUAAUUCUUCCUGAUCUCUCAUUCCAGAAUCAAAAGUGAACCUCAUUUUAUGUAGCUAUCAUACCUAUUAAAAACUACAUGCAUAUAAAUGUUCAGCAAAUGGUAAAAUAUGUGGGAAUAUUGUAUUAGAUAGUUAAUUAUUGGUCACAAUAUCCCUUUUCUCUCUUUUACCUCAAAUAUUUUCACUCCUCGACAUAUUCUUCCGUCGACUUUUUUUAUUGUAGCUAGUAUUUAAAUUAUUAGCAAAAUAAAUUUUGCGUGUUUUCAAAUAACAUUAGUAACAAAUUAAGAGUGUUGGAAAUAAAAUUAUUUAGCUUGCAUUCAAUUGGUAUUUACUGCAAUGUAGAAAACUUAGUAUCCAAUAAUCUAGCUACUCCAAUAUUUUAGUACACUCGUUACUGAAAACUGCUUUCUCAUUUUGACACAUUUGUUUUGAUCUCAAUAGCUGUUUUUACAAUAUUUUCAUGUCCAAACUCUAUUUUUGCACUUUUCAUAAUGUUGUGCUCAAAGUCUAAUGUCUUUAUUCUAGUUGCACACUAGAAUUAAGGAAUAAAGUCAGGGUCAUCGAUAAGGAACAUAACAUCACGCUUUAUCUGACGAAUACAUUACAAUUAAAAUUGAGACACCUUAAGAUAAUAUUUCUUAAAGAAAAACGACGUCACAAUAUUUACAACUGCAACAUGCAUUGUUGCGCUGUAUGUAUUAAUAAUGUAAUAUAUUGUUUGUAAUUUCUCGUUGUUAUAAUAAACCGGUAUGAAUUACCAAAGGAGUUAGAUAUGUAUAGUGUUUUAGAUAUUUUUUUACUGACAUUUCUUUAUAGAUCGACCACCAAAACAUCUCAUUUAUUGUAACGACAAUUGUCAACUCGUUCGUUCACACAUUGUUUUGAUAAGCGUUUACGACGAUCGUAAUGUUCGGCACGAUUUUAAUUCGCAAAUCAUGUAGAUUCAAUCUCUAGGGACAAAUGUAUUAGACAAUUUGACCACAGAUGUACAAGUUGAUGUAUCUAAUUCUGUACAGUUUUAAAUGAGGGAACAAAAGCUCAACAUUGCAUGUUUCUUACAAUUACUGCAUUGCUCCAAUAUUCUAGUAGGAAAAUUAAACCAUUGGUAACAAGUAAAUGACCUUGCAAUGCCAGUAACAAAAUUAAUAAUAAACAGAUUUGCUAGAAAAUAUAUCUUAUGAUAAUGAAAUAAAGUAACCUCUGAUCGGAAUGCUAAUUAGUAACACCAAUAGUUUACGGAUAGUUAAAAUAAAAUAGUGAUAAAGAGAGCCCCCUAGAUGAUGUUCGAAGUAGCAUUUGUAUAAUUAGAAAUUGUCGUUUUGUAACAAAAAGUAAAAUGGAGCCAUUUGAAACAACAGAAGAGCGUGUUGAUACGUCGAAUCUCCAACAGUUUAGUAGUUAUAAUGAAAAUUUUCUAUUUUAAUAUAUUAUUAAAGCAUAAGCGUAGGGAGGUGUGCUGUGAAAACAAAUCUGUAAAUAUGUCCGAUGCGUGGUUUGGAUCGUGUAUUACUCAUUUUUUAUUGAUAUAUUAUUCCAUUUUUAAUCUUAUUUCUGUGGACUGAGUUCGGAAAAAUCAAAAAACUUAAUCAAUUUUUCAUAUUGAACAAAUUAUCAGAAAUCAGAUUGUAAAUUAUUUUUUUGUUGCUUAGUACCUAAUUAUUUUUUGUAAUGUCAAGUGAUGGUAGGCAAUUGUACAGGUUUUGUAUGUAAUGCGCGUGCGCAGCUCU